UGCCAAUUUGCAGUGCGCCAUCAACGUUAGAAACAACAAAAUGGCGAGCUACUUGAGAUUUUUGCAGCCCAAGAAUUUGUUAUUUUACAGCCGUCUUUCGUCAGGUCUGCAAAACUCACUUCGACAUCAUUCAUCAUGCAUGUACUUUACACAAGAGAGACAGCCAUUGCCUACUAUCUGUGGGCAGUCCAGCUCAAGACUGGUAAAGAAGGCUAGUCUAUCCAUGUCAUGGUCUAGGAAUGGACCAAGUUUCUCAAAAGCUGUCAGACAAAUAUCAACAUCACCGGGACGAUGUGGUGAGGUCGUUCAGUUUAAGCUAUCGGAUAUUGGUGAAGGCAUAAUGGAGGUAGUGGUUAAAGAAUGGUACGUCUCAGAGGGAGACACAGUGGCUCAGUUUGACAGCAUAUGUGAAGUGCAGAGCGACAAAGCCUCGGUGACCAUCACCAGCCGGUUUGAUGGGGUGGUCAAGAAACUUUACUACGAGCUCGAGGAGACGGCUAACGUUGGCAUGCCCUUGGUCGACAUUGAAGUAGCUGGAGGUGCAUCGGCAAGUCAAGAGGGGGAUGUGUCGGGAGAAUCAUCAAGUGACUCAGAUAGUGAUGGUGAACGGGAAGCGGUGUCCGCUACCAGAGGCAAAGCUAGAACUCUCAGUACUCCAGCCGUCAAACGUCUUGCCAUGGAACAUAACAUAUCAUUAAAUGAUGUACAAGGCACAGGUAAAGAUGGUCGAGUACUCAAAGAAGAUAUGCUGCGUCAUAUAGAACAAUUGGAAUCGGGAGUUCCUCAGUGGACACCAGUUGCUGAGGAACUUGCACCUCCACCAUCACAAGCCUUCCAGCCAACGCCCAAAGCCCCACCUCCUGUCCCGCCCCCUGCCACACCCACUCCUGUACCUCAGCGAAUCCCUGUCCGGGCCGUAGCCGGCCAGGACCGGACAGAACCCAUCAAGGGCAUCCGUAAGGCAAUGGUCAAGGCUAUGGUCAAAUCUAAUGCCAUUCCUCACUUUGGGUACAAGGAUGAGGUGGACGUGACAGAGUUGGUCGCUCUGAAGUCACACUUCAAGGCAGCCGCCGCAGCCAGGGGUAUUCAGUUCUCUUUCACACCAAUAUUUAUUAAGGCAGCAUCGAUGGCCCUUUCCUUCUAUCCUGAGAUUAACAUGAGUGUAGAUGAAAAAUGUGAAAAUAUAACAUUCAAGGCUGCCCAUAACAUUGGCUUUGCCAUGGAUUCACCUCAGGGUCUAAUAGUACCCAACGUAAAGAACGUCCAAGCCUUGACACUCCUGGAAGUAGCCCAAGAACUCAACAGGCUCAUGGCUCUCGGAGUCCAAGGCAAACUGGGACAAGAUGAUCUCACAGGGGGCACGUUCACACUCUCAAAUAUAGGCACGAUUGGUGGAACAUACGCAGACCCUGUUAUAUUUGCACCUGAAGUAGCUAUUGGAGCAAUAGGAAGAAUACAAGUACUCCCAAGGUUCGAUGAAGACGGUGACCUGAUCAAAGCCCACAUCAUGAAGGUCAGCUGGUCGGCGGAUCACCGGGUCUUGGAUGGCGCCACCAUCGCUAGGUUCUCUAACCAAUGGAAAUCAUACUUAGAACAACCUGCUACCAUGCUCAUGGACUUGAAAUAGAUAUAUCAACAAUGCUGCUGAAAUGUUGUGACAGUUCUAACAUGGAUAUCCUAGUUCACCACUGCACGAUGCCAUUUUCUAUUCAUCAUUUCCCCCUCAGCGGAUGGUGACGGCGACUAUUCACUCAGGCAAUGAAUUUGUCUGCUAGAUGUUGGUUUGGGUUCAUGCUUAAGACUGAAAUGUGUUACGAUUGAUCCUGUAUUCAGUGUAAAGUGGUUUGUAAGAGCGUCUGCACUUUGUGUCUCAUGGAGUCCCCAAAGAUGCGUAUGGUAUCCUAUUUGCAGUAGGCCUAUUUCAUUCUGAUUUACCUCACUAAACUGCAUGAUAAAAAAAUACUGUUUUUCCAACAGUGUGUUACUACACAUGUGAAAAUACUGUGUUUUUACCCAAAAAUAUCAUAUUCAUCCCUAAGAAUACUGCAAUAGUGUUCACAAGACUCCCUUAGUUUGUUGCUUACAACACUAUGGAGGGCAGUUAUUAAAAGGAGCUAUAUAAAUGUUGAUAAAACAUUGGAUAUCUAAGGUAUCUCGACAAACAUUUAAGCUAUGUGAAGCCCACAAUUUUAAUGGGAAUCCUUGUCAGUCUUUCCACUUAGAAUUUUCCCAUUUCGGGAUCCACCAAAAUCACCCAACAAUGGUGACUGGUGUAGCCAGAGUGAAAUUGUGCACGCAGUGAAGCCAUGGACGUGUCUUGUUACGGUACCUUAAUGAGGAAUUAUGUCAACAUGUUGCUAAUAGUUAAUAUCAGAUGGUCUGGUUUUUCGUUAUAUUUCGGGACAAGAAUUGUAUGGCAUGAUCAAUUUGGUUUUAUGUAAUGGGGAAAAACCUUAUAAAGGUAUUGGGUCAUCUUAAAAGCUGCAAAUGAAUACAUGUCUGAAAAAAUUGGUGAAUAUACAAGCUGUUAGCAAUUUUAGCUCUCCAGAUUUCACAAAAAACACAAAUUUUGAGGAUAUACUGGAGGGAUCAAAGUGAGUAAUGUAACUUAUGAUGUUACAACACCGAACAUUGUCUUGGGAAUUACGCGAGACUAUUCAAGAAUGAAAUUUUGGUUGAAUAUCUAGACACUCGGUAAUCAGCUUCUAAUAUCACUACCGGUGUAUUUUUUUCCAUUGAUUUUUGCCUCUUUGGACACUGAAAAUGAAGACAAUUUCUCUUUUGUCUUAAGGUUGCACAGUGAUGCAUUGCCUGUAAAGAUCUUACGGUGCAUUGCUUGGUUGUACAUUAAUGCAAUCCAUCUGCUCUGACUCGUAACGAUCAAUAGUACUCUAAAAAAAAUUGUAAAAAUAGGGAAAUAAAUUGGUUGUGGCUGAAUCUUCAUUCUUUACUUUUUUUUCUAAUUGGGGUUUGUGGCAUUUCUUUUUUUUUUCAUUGGUCUAACCAAUUUUUUCAAUCACCUAUUGAUGUAACUUUUUUAUAUUGUUUAUUUUCAUUUCAAUCAUGGAAUGUUACUGGUAGACGUUGUGAAAGUAUAUCAAAUCAAUUGCACAAAUUCAAAACACUGAAUGAAAUUAAUCAGACGAUCUCCUUGUCUUGUAUACCGGGCCCUAUUUCAUAAAACUCAUUUUCAGUCGUAAAAGGUAUGAGCUGCUGUGAUAAGCUACCCAACUCAUGACAUUUUAUUGGCUGAGAGCAAAUUUGUUAUCAAAAUUGAGCAUUUGUUAUUGAUGACAUGUUUUAUGAAACUGGGCCCCGGGUGAGUUCCUAAUGCUGAUGUGUGCCGUUGUAUAUAGAAAUACAGACUUAUUUUUGGAUUGUAUUGUUUUACAAAUUAUCGUCAUCCAUUAACAUGUGUAUGAUUAUUCUCAUAUCCCAGAGGCGCAAUGUAUUUCUGUAUUUAUUUCAUGUAUAGUUUUUAAUGUCAUCUGUUCAUUUGCAUUCUAUGGUGACUUUAAUGAGACCCAUUCAGAAAUGAAAAUUGAGACACUUAGAUUAUAUCAAUGGAAAGUAUACAAUGUAAACAAUAAUUUAUGAAAUUGCCGGUUGAACUUGCUGUUGGCUUAUUCAUAUCAUGCCAAAUGAAGCAUUAAUGGAGCAGUGAUGGCAUGGCUCAACAGACAGGUGCCCAAAGUAUGAACCACAAGAGCCAGGGUUCAAAUCCCACUGGAGCGGUAGUGUUCCUUGGUGUGACACCAGUCUACAUUUUCCACUCUCCACCCAGGUGUAAACAUGUAAAUUACAAUCAGUUUUCCGAAGUAUUACCCUGGGACCCGGUUUCAUAAUAACUAAGAGUAACAAUUAUGGUAACUGCAGAAUGGUUGCUGUUGAAAUCUUAUUUGAAUGGCAGCUGAAGCGUUAACAGUGGUAUUUAGCAUAAUUGCAAUUUCUUUAUGAAACUGGCCCCUAAAUCUCCUGCACUUACCGCACAGAAACGUUGUUAGUCAGGCGCGUAUCCCGCAUCUGAUCCUACAAAGCAUUUCAUGGACCCAAUUGUCCGGGGACAAUAGUGACUCCAUAAUGCUUGUGCAUGGGAUCAUACAUUUAUUUGUCAUAGUUGAUGCUGGAUACGCUAGUGUUUAAUAGUGCUACCAAUGUGCUAACAGAGGCCCUGUUUCAAGUGAUAAUGUGGCAGCGAUGCCUAAUUUUCUAACAAUGCAUUACUUACACAUUGAAAUAAAUGUGUGGAUUUCUCGAUCAGAAAGAUGUGACUUGGCUUACUGUUAGCGUUUUGCUAGGCUAUCAAUGUUUCUGUGCGGUCGGCACUGGUUGUUCACCGAGGGGAACUGUCCCCUCUUCACUUGCGUUUUGGAGCAUGUGGUUCCAAUAGCAUUUGUGCAAUAGUAAAAUGGGAAAUACACAUCUUCUCCAUGCAUCUUUGUAUUCAAAGUUCAUUAAGCUUUCCAUAGGUAGAAAAUUCUUAUUACAUUGGGUCUUUGAUUAUCAAAUAAAUAAUGCAAUGAAGUGCU